AAUAAAACGAAACAGAAAAUUUUAAUCGGUGGUGGUAGUGCUUUUGGAACCAAAGAAGCUUUGGGAUUGCAAAAAGGAAACCGAUGAUAUUAACAAGAAGGACAUAUUUCGCACACUUUUUCCACAAGAUUCGGUUACACUUGCCCUAAAAUUUCCAACGUCCCAAAAACCCUAAUCUCUCUAAUUAUCCCCUAGCCGUUAAAUUUUCAAACGAUACCUAUAAGUUUAUAUAUCUAAUUAUCUAUAUAACCGAAUGGGAAAGAGAAAACGAAGAGCUGACCGGAACAAGACCCCUCCUUUUCCAGCUUACCAGAUUAAGUCCUGAAUUGCAGCAUUUUCAUCUCACACCUCUCAAAUGGAAUCAUCAUUAAAAGAGAAAUCUUCUCAUUCGGUUGGCUCUACUGGAGCAAAGUCCACGUCAUCAUCUCUCAUGAAUAACAAGGAAAAAUCACCGCAAAGCCACCACCAGUCAGCCGCCAAUCACCGCCACCACAAUGUUAACCGGACAUUGUCAUCAAAAGUGCCACGUCACUACUACAGUCUCCAACAUUCACAACAAAAAGCUGCAAAUUGUUCAGGCACGUCAACUUCUCAUGGAAAGAAUAAUGACAAACAUUCUUGGAAGUUUGGUCAUAGGCCAGAAUCAGGAUUCGGAUAUCAUGGAGGGAGGAACAAUAAGGGAUCACGGAGGGUUGACCGAAUUAGGUCAAAUUCCAUGAUGAUAAGUGCAAUUUCCCCAAAUGUAAAGAAUAUGGAUUGUGGAUUAUGUCGACAAAGAAUGAGUGAUUUUUCAGUUGUGGCAGUUUUAGUUUGUGGUCAUUUUUAUCAUGUGGAAUGUUUGGAAACAAGAACUAGUAAUGAAGAUAGAAGGGACCCACCAUGUCCAUUGUGUAUUCCCUCAGGAGUCAACAAUUGAGUUGUUGUUGUAGUAGAUAGGCAUUAGCCAUUGUACUUAGUGCUUACCUCAUUGUACCUUGAAAACUAGGAAGCUUGUUGGAAAUAUAAGAAAGCUUACAAGUGUUUCUUUUAUGUCUAUGUGAAGUAUAUAUGAAGCAUUUUGCAUCAGUUGUAGAAUUAUGAACUUUGAAGUAUUGAUUGUAGUAGAUAGGCAUUAGCUGUAGUACUUGGUGCUUACUUGAUUGUACCUUGAAAACUACGAAGUUGUUGAGCAAUAUAAAGGUUUGUAAGUGUUCCUUUUUGUCUA